CGAUCUCAUCGUCCCCCCAGGUAGCGCUUCCAGGUUGAGCAACAAUGUCUGCCCCCGUUUCCUCGUGCUUCGUCGAAUUCCCCACCUGGUGCCUACCAGCAUAGCCCAGGCUUCGUUUCGAACUCCAAAGUCGUGCUCAGUGGCUUUCAUCGUUCCAUGGGCUCUUAGGCCUCGCUCGACAAGGCCUACGUUGCGAGGAUAUUAGACCAAAAAUGGAAUUCCAAUUCAGCGUUGGUCCGUUGUUCAAGCACUCCCUCUGCAAGUUGAAUAAUUACCUGGAUAUCGAAAGUGUGACAUCUGAUGGCGGGGAGAGGGAAGUCACGAGGACAGACAGGAGGAUGGUGAACCCAUUGAGCGAAGUCAUCAAUCGGAUGGGUGAAGCUUCAGCAAAGGCACAACGGUUGAAUGUGCCCAUAACAACAUUUGAGAAGCUGCAGAACUCUGACAAUCAUCAUGUGUACCUUAUUGUUGACAGAGAUUUCAAAAAUGGGAAAGGUGCUGUGGUGGGGCUCCUUAAAGUGGGUCAUAAAAACCUGUUCAUCAUCGAUGAAGCAGGUGCUCAGAAUGAAGUUUCCCCCUUGUGCAUUUUGGACUUCUACGUCCAUGAGUCCCGUCAGCGACUUGGCUUUGGCAAACACAUCUUUGACUUCAUGCUUCAGGAGGAAAAAGUGAAGCCUGCACAUUUGGCAAUUGACAAGCCUUCUGAAAAACUGCUUCAUUUCCUUCGGAAGCAUUAUGGACUGGCCCAUGUUAUUCCACAAGCCAACAACUUUGUUGUUUUUCAAGGGUUCUUCACUAACAGACCAGAUGCUGUUAAUCGAAACACCAGAGAUAGAUUGUAUCUGGAGUCCAAUAGUCCUGGCAUCACAAGGAAAGCAGACUCACUGAGCAAAGACAGGUAUGUGCCGUCAGAGGUUGUCCCACUGAAUGAGGCCUCUGUGAAGCCCAACCUUUGUGCACCUGGUCCUAAAACCAACAUCCAUAUGAUUUUUCAAGGGGAACAAUCUGAGGAUAUUUUGACAUCAUACAGAACUUCAUCAUUGACUGAAACGUUCUCCAAGCCACAGCCAGGCACUGCUGCAUUUCGGAGAGACCUGAAAUUUUCUCACAAGCCCCUGUGGUGAAUUGUCACAGCUGUUGUGUCUUCCAAGAGGUUAUUUUUGUACUUGCCUCCUAAAGGCAGUGGAGGCAGAUUUGUUUGUCAUUUCCUAUUUAUUUAUAGGAUCAAUAGGUGAUAAUCUGAUGGAGCAAAAUUACUAAUACUCAGC